ACGGGUGGUGCGAGGAAAUCUCCGCACCACGUAAAACUAUACACAUUUGUUUCCUAAAAUUAAAGUUUACACCAUAACCAACACGAAUUUGCGAAAGCCUAAUACAUAAAUUUUAAAAAUUGAAGCAUUUUGAAAUUGGAAAUAAUCGACUACAAGUUUUCAAACCAACAAUGAGCGUGGUUUGCGCGAUGAGUGAUCAAUAUGAGGGAUUAAACUAAAUCUAUUGCGUCAUGUAUUAAAAAAAAUUUUGCAUUUGAUGAUAUCGAAAAAUUCUGAGAUUGUUUCAAAUUGCUACCCUUAGUAACAGGACUGUUGAAAAUUACCCGAAUCACUUCGUAUCUUUUUCACCUAUUGUUCCAAAUUAUUUUCCAUCCAGUCAGCUAUUAGUUGAUUCUAUUACGUAAAGACAUAUAAUUCAUAAUUAUUAAGACAGACAUAUAAAUCAUAAUUAUUGAGUAUGCACACAAAACAUCUUCGGUGCUCACGCAAAGCAUGGAUCGCUCUCCCGUGGUUGCUACUCGUCAUGACGUCACUCUCCGGCACCUUGGAUACCUGGAAAAGCAACUCACCGGACCCCGAAAUUGGACCCACGGACGAGCCUCGUUUUAGAAAACGUCCAACGUUUCUACCGUCAGCGCCCGCAAACCUAACACGCAUCAAUGGACUGAGCGAGGCUAUGUCUAUACCAACGGGAAAGUGUCACAAAUUGGCCGAAAUUGGAGGAAAUUGGUACUGCCAAGGAUUUGACGGAAACAAAGACGUAUGUUUGGACCCGUGGUACACACCCGCCUACAACUCGUGCCUGAUUUACUCGUUUGGUGUCGGCAACGACAUCACAUUUGAGAAGAUCAUGUCCGACCUCUGGGGCUGCCACGUCUUCCUGCACGACCACACUGUCAACCAUACCCAGGAUUUUUUCGGGCCUCGCCACGUCCACCGGCCGUGGGGCAUCGCCAACGUCAGCCACGUCGACGACGACGGCCGGACGUUGGUGACGUACAAAGACGCCCUCGCGGCCAACGGUCACGUCGGCGCCCAGGUGCACUACCUCAAGAUCGACAUCGAGGAGAACGAGUAUAAUGCUUUACCUCAAAUAAUCGCCUCUGGUCUAUUGGAGAACGUGUGGCAGCUACAUAUGGAGGUUCACAAUUUUUGGAGGAAGUCAUCUGAAGUAUACAUUCAGCGCAACAAGCUCGCGUACGAGAUCCUAAGUGAGCUGGAGAACGCAGGGUUCCGGAGGGUGCGCGCCACGGUCAACAACCUGCAACGCUGGAUAGAUGAGCACGAGUGGGGAGGCUGGUGCUGCAGCGACGUGCUCUGGGUCAACGAGCGUAUACGCAACCAAGCAUUGAGAUUUUGCAGUAGUUAUAAACUCUAA